GUGAGAACGCCCACAGCGAUCAGAUGGGCUGCAGGUUGCAAGAUAACUCAGGGAAGCCCGUGAAGCGGUGUGCAGGGACCACGUUUCAGGACACCGGCGACAAUUUGGCCAGCUCAUCAGAUGCGGAGGACUGUGAUACUGUUGGUCAGCGCAAGGACACGGCAUUGUGAAGAUUCCGAGGAUAAGCAGUCUCGUUUUGAACUACGGUCCAGCUGGAGCUCAACUUCAACAUGAUGGACGAAGACAAGGCCAUGAUAGAGCUGCAAGUCAAAGAGGAGCUGCAAAUCAAAGAGGAGCUGCAAAUCAAAGAGGAGCUGCAAGUCACAGAUGAGCUGCAAGUCACAGAUGAGCUGCAAGUCAAAGAGGAGCUGCAAGUUAAAGAGGAGCUGCAAGUCACAGAUGAGCUGCAAGUUAAAGAAGAGCUGCAAGUCACAGAUGAUCUGCAAGUUAAAGAGGAGCUGCAAGUCACAGAUGAGCUGCAAGUUAAAGAAGAGCUGCAAGUCACAGAUGAUCUGCAAGUUAAAGAGGAGCUGCAAGUCACAGAGGAUCUGCACAUCAAAGAGGAAGAAGAGGAGUGGACAGUGACCCAAAGAUCCUACAGCCCCCCGCGCCAGUUGUGGUCGUCAAAACCCUUUGGCCUCACCUCCAGAAAACAGGAAAUAACAGAGGAAAUGGAGAAGGGAGGUAGAAGACCGUGCUGUGGCGAAUGGAAACCGAUUGACCCACACAGUCUGGGCACCAGGAUGGACCUUGGGACCUCCAACACCUCAAACACCACAGUUAAUCCUGCUCCUGUCAGUUUGGAUGCACAGCCGGGGACUUCAAGGAGCUGCAAAGCACCCCGUAUGUGCGCUGCUUGUGGCAAAGCCACGUCGGUCCUCGGCCACUUUGUGCACAAAAAAAAGAUUUUCUGCCAGUCCACAUCCGAAGGGGUCACCCUGGAGGAGUGGAUACAGAAAAAUGUGCCUAGAACCACCAGGUGGAGGUGGAAGGUCCAGGAGGAGGCCAUCAUGGCCGGGGUUAUACUAACCCCAAAAAAGCACCAUACCUGCAGCAUGUGCAAAAAGAGGAUGACAAGGGACGCCGGUCACAGCGUGCACAAGGCCACACGUCAGUCCUUCUGCCAGGCCACUGACCCUUUGGGCAGGACAGUGGAGGAGUGGCUCACAGAGAUUCGUGGUGGGGUCUCCACAAAAGACUUUAUCAAGGCAAACCUUAAAAAAAGAUGGAGGCGGUACCAUCAAAAACCAGAUGUGCAGGAGAAACGGAGACAGAAAAGGAGGGAGCAGUAUCUCAUAGAGAAGAAGGCAAAAGAGCUUAAUAAGCAGAAGAAGGUGGAGGAGAAAAAGUAGUUUAGGAGAGGUGUGUAUAUAGUAUGACGAUCAGUGAAGGGCUGCACACUUAAUUGAAUAUUAAUCAUGCACACUUCGGCUUCCCAUAAUUAAAUGAUCGACUGGGAUAUUGAUGUUUAAUUAAUAUGUGUGGUCUGCACAUAGGAAACUGCUGCAUAUUAAAUCAAGUGCCUGCGACGCGUUCAUCCUGCAGCAGCAGUCUGUGAGAGACUAUCCUGAGCUUUGCAACAGCAGACGAGCUGAACUAAAUAAAUCCGUCAUCAGUCAUCAUUAUCCAUUGUUUGGAAGUAUUUCAGAUUUAGGUGCGAGGUGAAAACAGUCCUCUGUUAAUUUAAAUGUGAAAGUACAAUAAAAAUACUUUGUCCCUAAAAACAAAAGAUAAUCAUGAUAUAUAAAUGCGAUCUCAAUAUUGAUAAAAAUAAUUGUGAUUAUCAUUUUUGAUAAUUGUGCUGCUCUAGAUCAGUGUGUAUUAUAGUUUGAUACUAAUCUCGCAUUGCAUUAGACUUUAUUCCCUGUUGUUGCAAUUUAAUCUUAGCUGCCGCUGGCUGGUAAAUGUUGUCAGUAUUUUCUGCUUGUCAUUCCAACACAUCAGUUCCUCUUUUUUCUGUUUUUUUGGUCUCCAAAGUUUCGGUAACGUUAGUAAUCAACAGCAAAUGCUCAGCCUUUUGGCCACUGAGGUGUUGCUGAACUUAAAGUUGGUAAAAUCUUAUUUCAUUGUAAAGCUGCCCACAGCAUAUUGAUUCGCUUGGCCCAUCCUAAACCUGCUCUUGCUCUGUUAAUCACGAGACUGCUGCAGAGAUGUGCGAUCUGUGACAGGGACACUUGGCCCACACAUGGUGAUGGGACUAACUGUUAGAAUCAUAUGGCUAACAUUACCAAAUGGUUAACAGAUUUAAUGACAGAGUUAAGUCAUUUUGGUGUCAGUGUGAGUUUGUUGAGACCAUUUGACUGCUCAGUGCCUGACAUUCGCUGUUGCUGUGUUAGCACACGCUAACCAGACAGACUUAUUUAUUCACCUUGUUUAUCCAGGCUAUAAAGUAUUGGGCUUUUUAAAUAAGCUUCCAACGCUCAGCUGCUGUGACAUUUUGCAGUGGUAUCUACCAAUGUACCAAGAGUUCACCUCUUCGGACAAACCCAGCUAGCCAAAGGGAACAUGUACGUGAGAUCUAACACAAGAUUAGAUGUUAGCUAAUUAAAAUGCCCAUGCCAUCAACUGGACAGGGAUGUGAAUUACUUUAAAUUACCGUAGAUCUGUCAAAAUGACUGG